AUGGAACACGACAUCAUCUCACCAAAAGCAUCGGAAGAAGAGGAUUUAAAUGAUAUGAACGAGCAGAGUUCUAUCGCGGACAGGUCCCAACCGCUCGAUACAGCCGUUCUACAUGCCGCACACCCUAGCUCGCAGGAGGUUGAGCACGUCAAGGCCCAGAUCAUUCAGCAAACGGAGUCCCACUACAGCCUCCAAGCCCGCCAUGACGAGCAGUUUGAAAACUUGGAUGCGCAGAUAAAGCAAAAGGACAAGCAUUUGCUUGAACUUAAAGCGUUCAUCGCUCCGAUUCGCCGACUUCCUUUGGAGGUCAUGACCAUUGUGCUAAGUAUGCUCGUUUUGGACGAGGAAGGAGAAUCACCAUGGCGUCUCAUGCGUGUAUGUCGAACAUGGAGAGCCGCAGUCAUGCUGGCCAGGCAGCUUUGGACAUCGCUACUCCUUUGUGUUCCAGACUGGCCAAACCUGUGGUUGGCGCAGAGAAACGACGGCAGAUACAAAGGCUACCAAGUGUGCUAUACGAAGAAUCACCUCCUCUGUGCGCUCAAUCGUGUUGGCCCGACACCCCUCGAUAUCUUUGUCUCCUUUCAAUGUCGCAUGGGAUAUACGAGUCGCGCUUAUAAUAGGAUAGUGGAGCUCUUCGAAGCCUGCAAAGAUGCUGGCGUCCGACCCCGAGUUGGCACUCUGGUCUGGGAAACGGGCUAUGGAUUCCAGUGGCAAUUCCCGAUGGAAGCUUUUAGCCUAUGGGACAUAUCACCUUUGAGGGAGCUCACGACGUGGGAUGAGGCGCUGCUCCAGAAAUGCCUUGCGUCAUCGCACAAUCUCAGAAAGCUCGACAUACCGACAUCAAACCUUGCCAUGGCACAAAAAGCACUCGUUCUUUCCCAGCUAGAGCGUCUUUGCUUACAAGGAAGCGGCGAUAGCUCGCUGUUUGAAACCUUGCCCGAAUGUCGAAGCUUGACCGAGUUGGAGCUGAAGGUUUUUGUCAUAGACGGUGAUCAGGAAUUACCAUCUUCGCUACCCAUUCUUCCACGUCUCCAUCGACUCUGCAUGAGUGGGAGUUGUUGGUUGCUCCCCUUGGUGUGCAUAAACCUUACCUAUCUCAAGAUCGAGCCCACCAGGACGAUGAGUAUACGUGGCGAGGUUCGUUUGCCCUGCCUAAAGAAACUCGAAUACAGCUACGCGGCGUUUGCGUCAAACUCAGGUUUACCUUAUCUCGAUGCACCAAAUCUCGAGGUCCUGGAUGUGACCGACUCGGGAACCCCCGCGAAUAUUGCUUACUUGACACUGACAAAGAUAUGGACGGGUAAACCAGGAGACAGUAACCCUGGGCAAAAACUCGAUCCAAUGGUCCUCAAGAUCAGAGAGGCGAGCAGUCAUCCAAAGAAACUCGGCCGAAUUCUGUCACGUCUGACGAAUUGUGUGGAACUGCAUCUCGACCGCGUAUUGGCAUCUCCCGAAAUCUUUGAGGUACUCUGUCCCGCCUCGAUCAAGAAGAAGAAAAGAGGCGAGGAACCCCCAUUCUUCGCUCUGAAAUCCCUCUCUAUCACGUUUACCUACUCUCGACACAAUUCUGUGACACGCGACGACAUUGUGAAGGCCGCAUCAGCAUUCGUGGCCAAGAGACGGGAUAUGGGUAAUCCAAUCAAGCAGAUGACCCUCAAGAUUGCAUACAAAACCUCUUUCCAGGACUUGAACAUGGAUCUCAGUGCCUAG